AACUCCUCGGCUCAAACUCAAAUUUCCUCGCAAAGUCGCAAUCCGGCCUCCACCGCACUCCAGCUCAAGCUAAACCAAACAAAGCCAGCAGCAACCCCAAAUUAAACUUCAUGGCCAUGGACGGCUACGAUCAAUGGAUCAGCUCCGCUUCCUCGUCGUCCUCGCACGACCAGUACGGAGUGGUGUGGUCGCCACCGCCGAAGCGCCCGGCGGGGCGCACCAAGUUCAAGGAGACGCGCCAUCCGGUGUACCGCGGAGUUCGUCUCCGGGGCAACGCCGGCCGGUGGGUGUGCGAGGUGCGCGUGCCAGGCAACCGCGGCAAGCGGCUCUGGCUUGGGACGCACCUCACCGCCGAAUCCGCCGCCCGCGCCCACGACGCGGCCAUGCUCGCGCUGCACGGCCCCUCCGCUGCCGCCGCAUGCCUUCUCAAUUUCCCGGACUCCGCCUGGCUCCUCGCCGUGACGCCGCCCGCGCUCGCAGACCUCGACGACAUCCAGCGUGCCGCCCUCGCCGCCGUCGCUGACUUCCAGCGCCGAGAGGCAGCCACCGUCCCCGUCCCCGUCCCGGUCGCCGCAUCUGAGAUAACCUCCAUCGCGUCUAUGGUCCCUGUGAAUGAUGCCGGCUCGUGGCCAUCGUUCCAGCCUUGUGUCGCUGGAAUGUUUGACGGGCCGGUUGUAAUGGGCAGCGACAUGUUUGAGCUCGACAUGCCUGACGAAAUGGACCUGGGCAUGUACUACGCGGACCUCGCGGAAGGGCUGCUCAUGGAGCCGCCGCUGCCCGCGCCGGACACUGGGGCGUGCUGGGAAAUCGGAGAAUAUGGCGACGGUGGAACUGACGCCACCCUCUGGAAUUACUGAAACAAUCUACCCUGAUUUGGCUCCAUGGAACAAAUUGAAGCUGCUUGCAGCAUAAUAAAAUUGUGAAACCUUAAACGAAUCGACACUACACUCAAGCAAACGCAGACACAUGCAGUUUUGAACAACAGAAGAGCAAGAAAAGACGGUUAUCAUCGGUGAUUGACUGCUGGCUGACUAGUACUAGUAGUUGCAAAAUGGUCGUUCGUCCCAAAGGGUAUACUACUCACCUGUGUGAUGAACUGAACAGGCAACAAAAGGGGAAAGAUCAACGCCAGAUAAUCAGACAGUCCAACUAUAAAGAAAGGAAAAAAGAAAAAGGCAUCUGAAAGGACAUCGUCACUCACUACUGGUUGAUGGUAGUACCGUAGUAGUAUCAAAAGGAUUUGUUCCUUCCGAAAGAGGAUACACCCACUUCGGGCAGUAGUAGCAUCAAAAGGAUUGUUCCUUCCGAAAGAGGAUACUCCCACUUCGUUGCUUCCGAAAGAGGGCAACAACAAGAACGAGAAAGAUCAACGCUCGCCGCUCGGGAAUCAGACAGAGGUGGCCCAAGGGCGCUAAUCCAAACAAAAGAUGUGGGCCAAAUCCUCGGAGCCACGCGAGCUGACGCGGCGAUUCUGUCUCGCAGUGCCUCCCUGCCUCUUUCCUAGAUUGUAUGGCCAAGAGGGCAAGACAGCGAGAUGAUGAUGUCUGACCUUUUUCUCUUUUUUCCUUUGGAAGACGACGUCUCGAUCCCUUUAGAAUAUAGUGCUAAGAUAUUUUCUUUGAUGCAACUUGCAUGAUGUCCCGGAUAUUUUGCUGUACUAUUUUAAUAGUAAUGUGCCAUUUAGAGCAAGUAUAAUAGGACGAUGCAUGCAGGCUGUAAGAAUUUAAA